GAGGGAAGCCCCGACUCCGUAGUUGCUGCUCGCAGUCGGUCUCUUUGCCGGUUCCCGGCCCAGCCGUUCCCAAUUCUCUGUAGCCAGCGGUUCUCCGCCUCCUGCUUGCCGCCGCGAUGCCGGUGUUUCAUACGCGCACGAUCGAGAGCAUUUUGGAGCCGGUGGCGCAGCAAAUCUCCCACCUGGUGAUCAUGCACGAGGAAGGCGAGGUGGACGGCAAAGCCAUCCCUGACCUCACCGCGCCGGUGGCCGCUGUGCAGGCGGCAGUCAGCAACCUUGUCCGGGUUGGAAAAGAGACUGUUCAAACCACUGAAGAUCAGAUUUUGAAGAGAGAUAUGCCACCAGCAUUUAUUAAGGUGGAGAAUGCUUGUACCAAGCUUGUUCAGGCAGCCCAGAUGCUUCAAUCAGAUCCUUACUCGGUGCCUGCUCGAGAUUAUCUUAUCGAUGGGUCAAGGGGCAUCCUUUCAGGCACAUCAGACCUGCUCCUCACCUUCGAUGAGGCUGAGGUUCGUAAAAUUAUUAGAGUUUGCAAAGGAAUUUUGGAAUAUCUUACAGUGGCAGAGGUGGUGGAAACUAUGGAAGAUUUGGUCACUUACACAAAGAAUCUUGGACCAGGAAUGACAAAGAUGGCCAAGAUGAUUGAUGAAAGGCAGCAGGAACUGACUCACCAGGAGCACCGAGUGAUGUUGGUGAACUCCAUGAACACUGUGAAAGAGUUGCUGCCAGUUCUCAUUUCAGCUAUGAAGAUUUUUGUAACAACUAAAAAUUCAAAAAACCAAGGAAUAGAAGAAGCUUUGAAAAAUCGCAAUUUUACUGUAGAAAAGAUGAGUGCUGAAAUUAAUGAGAUCAUCCGUGUAUUACAACUCACUUCUUGGGAUGAAGAUGCCUGGGCCAGCAAGGACACUGAAGCCAUGAAGAGAGCAUUGGCCUCCAUAGACUCCAAACUGAACCAGGCCAAGGGUUGGCUCCGUGAUCCCAGUGCCUCUCCAGGGGAUGCUGGUGAGCAGGCCAUCAGACAGAUCUUAGAUGAAGCUGGAAAAGUUGGUGAACUCUGUGCAGGCAAAGAACGCAGAGAGAUCCUGGGAACCUGUAAAAUGCUGGGGCAGAUGACUGAUCAAGUGGCUGAACUCCGAGCCCGAGGACAAGGAGCCUCGCCAGUGGCCAUGCAGAAGGCCCAGCAGGUAUCUCAGGGUCUGGAUGUGCUAACAGCCAAAGUGGAAAAUGCAGCUCGCAAGCUGGAAGCUAUGACCAACUCAAAGCAGAGCAUUGCCAAGAAGAUCGAUGCUGCUCAGAAUUGGCUUGCAGAUCCAAAUGGUGGACCAGAAGGAGAAGAACAGAUUCGAGGGGCUUUGGCUGAAGCUCGGAAAAUAGCAGAAUUAUGUGAUGAUCCUAAAGAGAGAGAUGACAUUCUACGUUCUCUUGGGGAAAUAUCUGCUCUGACUUCUAAAUUAGCAGAUCUACGAAGACAGGGGAAAGGAGAUUCCCCAGAGGCUCGAGCAUUGGCCAAACAGGUGGCCACGGCCCUACAGAACUUGCAGACCAAAACCAAUAGGGCUGUGGCCAACAGCAGACCCGCCAAGGCAGCUGUCCACCUGGAGGGCAAGAUUGAACAAGCACAGCGGUGGAUUGAUAAUCCCACAGUGGAUGACCGGGGCGUUGGUCAGGCUGCCAUCCGGGGUCUUGUGGCCGAAGGGCAUCGUCUGGCUAAUGUCAUGAUGGGGCCGUAUCGCCAAGAUCUUCUUGCAAAGUGUGACCGUGUGGACCAGCUGACAGCCCAGCUGGCUGACCUUGCUGCCAGAGGGGAAGGAGAGAGUCCUCAGGCGAGAGCACUUGCAUCUCAGCUCCAAGACUCCUUAAAGGAUCUGAAAGCCCGGAUGCAGGAGGCGAUGACUCAGGAGGUAUCAGAUGUUUUCAGCGACACCACAACUCCCAUCAAGCUGUUGGCGGUGGCGGCCACUGCACCUCCUGAUGCUCCCAGUAGGGAAGAAGUAUUUGAUGAGAGGGCGGCAAACUUUGAGCACCAUUCGGGAAGGCUUGGUGCCACGGCGGAGAAGGCGGCUGCUGUUGGAACUGCUAAUAAAUCCACAGUGGAAGGCAUUCAGGCAUCAGUAAAGACAGCUCGAGAACUCACACCCCAGGUCGUCUCAGCUGCUCGCAUUUUACUUAGAAAUCCUGGAAAUCAAGCUGCUUAUGAACAUUUUGAGACCAUGAAGAACCAGUGGAUUGAUAAUGUAGAAAAAAUGACAGGGCUGGUGGACGAAGCUAUUGAUACCAAAUCUCUGUUGGAUGCUUCUGAAGAAGCAAUUAAAAAAGAUCUGGACAAGUGUAAAGUGGCCAUGGCCAAUAUUCAGCCACAGAUGUUGGUCGCUGGGGCAACCAGCAUUGCUCGCCGGGCCAACCGUAUCCUGCUGGUGGCUAAGAGGGAGGUGGAGAACUCUGAGGAUCCCAAGUUCCGUGAGGCUGUGAAAGCCGCCUCUGAUGAAUUGAGCAAAACCAUCUCUCCAAUGGUGAUGGAUGCAAAGGCUGUGGCCGGAAACAUUUCUGACCCUGGCCUGCAAAAGAGCUUCCUGGACUCAGGAUAUCGGAUCCUGGGAGCUGUGGCCAAGGUCAGAGAAGCCUUCCAACCUCAGGAGCCUGACUUCCCGCCUCCUCCGCCAGACCUUGAACAGCUCCGUCUGACAGAUGAGCUUGCUCCUCCCAAACCACCGCUGCCUGAGGGUGAGGUCCCUCCACCCAGGCCCCCACCACCAGAGGAGAAGGAUGAAGAGUUCCCUGAGCAGAAAGCCGGGGAGGUGAUUAACCAGCCAAUGAUGAUGGCUGCCAGGCAGCUCCAUGAUGAAGCUCGCAAGUGGUCCAGCAAGCAGGGUAACCCAGCCGCUGAGGUGGGUAUAGGUGUUGUAGCUGAGGCAGAUGCGGCCGAUGCUGUUGGGUUCCCUGUCCCCCCUGACAUGGAAGACGAUUACGAACCUGAGCUGCUGUUAAUGCCAUCCAGUCAGCCGGUCAACCAGCCCAUUCUGGCCGCGGCUCAGUCAUUGCAUCGGGAAGCUACCAAGUGGUCUAGUAAGGGCAAUGACAUCAUUGCAGCAGCCAAGCGCAUGGCCCUGCUGAUGGCUGAGAUGUCUCGGCUGGUAAGAGGGGGCAGUGGUACCAAGCGGGCACUGAUUCAGUGUGCCAAGGACAUUGCCAAGGCCUCAGAUGAGGUAACGCGGUUGGCCAAGGAGGUUGCCAAGCAGUGCACCGAUAAGCGGAUCAGAACCAACCUCUUACAGGUAUGUGAGCGAAUCCCAACCAUAAGCACUCAGCUCAAGAUCCUGUCCACCGUGAAGGCUACCAUGCUGGGUCGGACCAACAUCAGUGAUGAAGAAUCUGAGCAGGCCACCGAGAUGCUGGUUCACAAUGCCCAGAACCUCAUGCAGUCAGUGAAGGAGACUGUUAGAGAAGCUGAAGCUGCUUCAAUCAAAAUUCGAACAGAUGCUGGAUUUACAUUGCGCUGGGUUAGAAAGACUCCCUGGUACCAGUAGGCACUUGGUCAAACUUGGCUGGCACAGAAACCCCUACUAAACAGAAUGAAAUGAUUGUGGAGUCCCAGAAGAUGAUGAAAAUUGCUUAGGGGUUAAAAGCCACAUCCUGGCCUGACGUAACAGAAAGGAAUGAGGCCUCUUCACUUUAGAAAUCAUUUAUACUCUU